CAUCUGAAAGUUUGGACUUGCAGCUGAACCAGAUCCGGAGAAGAGGAUCAGCUUUCAGGACUCCUCCAGGACCGAUCAGAGAGCUGCUGCGCGCGCCGCGCUGGACCUGACAGGGGCCCGAACCCGAAUUGUCUGCAGGAACUUUGUUGCCGCUUUUCUGGACCGUUUGUGGAUCUGCUUUCAUGUGAGAUGGGCUCCGACAGGAAGAGACUGUUGCUUUAGUCUAAGUCCGCUCUCUGCGCGCUGCAGGGCCCGAACCCGACCAGACCGAACCCAGUCCUCCCGGGUCCCUCACACAGGUGGGAAUGUUAGCAGUCCAGAUGGACGGCUCCCGACAGAGCGCCUUCCUCCUCAGCACCCCCCCUCUGGCAGCUCUGCACAGCAUGACCGAGAUGAAGACCCCUCUGUACCCGGCCUACCCGCUCUCCUCCACCUGCUCCAACUCCUCCACCUCCCCCACCACCACGUCCCCCAACCCGGGCGGCAUUGCCGUGUCCUCACCGGGGAUCAAGAGCUCCACCGGACUGUCCUCGGGGCUCGGUUCUCCGCAGCAGUGCUCCUCCGCCACUCCUCACGGGAUUAAUGACAUCCUCAACCGGCCCGCCGGCUCUACCCUCGGCUCCACGGCGGCAGCGGCUGCUUCUUCCUCGGCGGGGAUUCUGUCAGGACUGCCCCGGUUCAGCAGCCUCAGCCCCCCGCCACCUCCCGGACUCUACUUCAGCCCCAGCGCAGCGGCAGUGGCCGUGGCCCGGUACCCCAAACCACUGGCGGACCUCCCGGGCAGGACGCCGAUCUUCUGGCCCGGAGUAAUGCAGAGUGCGCACUGGAGAGACGCCAGAUUUGCGUGUUCACCUCGUGAGUUUUGCGCGCGCGUGUACCAGAACUCCGUCCUGCUGGAUAAGGACGGGAAACGCAAACACACGCGGCCCACCUUCUCCGGACAGCAGAUCUUCGCUCUGGAAAAAACUUUUGAACAAACUAAAUAUCUGGCGGGUCCGGAGAGAGCGAGGCUGGCCUACUCGCUGGGCAUGACGGAGAGCCAAGUGAAGGUGUGGUUCCAGAACAGGAGGACCAAGUGGAGAAAAAAGCACGCGGCAGAGAUGGCCUCCGCUAAGAAGAAGCAGGAUUCGGAGACGGAGAGGCUCAAGGGCACUUCGGACAACGAGGAGGAGGAUGACGACUACAACAAGCCUCUGGACCCGAACUCGGACGACGAGAAGAUCACACAGCUUCUAAAAAAACACAAACCGGGCUCUCUGCUCGCGCACACGUCAGAGAACGACAGCUCCUAAUGCCUGGCCUUUUUUCCGUUUCUGACCCACCGAGUGUUCUUCUGACUCCAAACCGAACUCUGGGAGCCGGUCACACCCCAAGGGACUUUUAGCGGCGGAGGACUCCCGCGGGUCCAGACUCGCUCCGGCAGAGAAAACCCGCCUUUCCUGUAAAUAGAAACGUGAGUUGUGUGAACAGAACCGAACCGGCUGUGGAUCGGUUCUGUGUAGCUUCUUUCUGUUCCUGCUGGUUGUUUGUACUGAUGCGCUGCUCCUAAAUCAGCCUGAUCAGUCCUGGUUCCUGAACGCCUCAUGAUCCGUCAGUUUAAGGAUGGUCGUGAACGCAGCAGCACCUGCACACACACACACACACACACACACACACACACACACACACACACACACACACACACACACACACACACACACACACACACACACACACACACACACACACACACACACACACACACACUCUCUCUCUCUCUCUCUCUCUCUCUCUCUCUCUCUCUCUCUCUCUCUCUCUCUCUCUCUCUCUCUCUCUCUCUCUCUCUCUCUAAGCACUUUUUAGACUAGAGGACUCUGCUGCGAUGCGUUUGCUGACCACAGAAAAACCGACCACCGAAACCGGUUAUUUACCUUACUGUAGUAAUUCACUAUAUUUAUUAUUGUUUAACAUUAGGCCCCGUUAGUCGUGUCACAGUCUAAAUAUUUUUGAGCAGAAAAAUUAAAUAAAUAUUUUCUGUAAAUUCCGUUACUAUUUUCUCUUUUUUGGGAGAGAUUUUGAAAGUUAUUUUUCUCUGACUGGAGACACACAUAAUUAUUAUAACCUGUUUAUUUAUUUUUUUAAUUUUAUUUUUGUUUGUUCAUUGAACCGGCUCUGAAGGUCAUUCUGCACAAAACCGGAUCAGACUGAAUCUGUUUAAAGCGUAAAAAGCAACACGCCUACAACUGCAUCUAAUCUUCAGAAAUUCUCACUAAACCCGCAGGAUUUGCGCUGUUCCUUUAUUAUUAUUAUUAUUAUUAUUAUUAUUAUUAUUAUUAUUAUUAUUUGAACAGAGACACAUUUUUCUAAAACAACUAUCCACAGUAAAUCGUUAUUUAGAAAAUUUUAAUUCCACACCUCUUAACAAGCUUUCAAUGGGUUAGGGUUUGGGUUAACCCUAUUUGUUAUUUUUUAAAAUCUGGGUGGAAAAAAAAGAAAAAAAAUGAGCUGACUUUUGCUGACUUGGAAAAAUGUUUAAUUCAAACUCAUUUAGAUUUAAAAAUAACAAAAUAACAACGUCGUUAAUAAAAUGAAUUUAUGAAUCUAACUUUAACGUUUUCAACAACAACAACAACAACAACAACAACGAUAAUAAUAAUAAUAAUAAUAAUAAUAAUAAUAAUAAUAAUAACAAUUUAGCAGAGAUGUACCCACUCACUUUUCCUGACUGCUAUUUUAUUCAUAAUAAUUACUAAAUGAACUGUUUCCUAAAGUUUAACGUAAUGACACAAAAGGCACUUCAUUUAUCUUUUUAUUGUUUUAAAAACACUCAAAUUAUUUUGAUAGUGUGUUUUUUAUGAUGAGGGGUUCAGUUUGGGCUGAUUUUGUUCCUCUUUCUCCUCCUGAUUGCUGCAGCUGAUUCAUUUUGAUCAUGAGGCCUCAGAUUAUGUCAAACCUGCUUUCUCAACAUUACCUUUUAGUAUUUGUUUCAUUCCAAAUAUGUUUGAAGUCAAAAACACUUAAAAUUUCUGCUCAGAAAUGAUCUCUGACUGACACCCCGAAUUGUUUUCCUAAUCAAACAGAUGUUCUGUCUAAAACACAAAGAAACAGAAAUAAAUCUACACAUUUACUUUAAGCUGAAGGGAUGUUUUCAGAUGUUUAUUGCUAAACAGAAAGUGUUUUUCUUUAUUAUGCAUAAAUAAGAAAAUAUUGAUAAUUUAUGUCUGCCAUAAAUGAAUUGUUAUAAAGAAAUCAGCAUAAAAUCUUACCUGUUUUAUUUA